AUGGUCCUCGAAGGGGAGGAAGCCCUGCUGCGAGUGUUAAGCCUUCUGGCUCCACGGGAUGGUGCUGUUGCAUCAGCUGUGUCAGUGGCCUUCCGAGGAUCUCUGUGCCGCCUUGAUCAGUCGGUGACGGUGAGAUUGCAGACGCCCGAAGAGAUGAUGGAGGAAGAUCCGCCUGAGUCUGAUGAAAACAUAGAAAUAGACAGAGGCUAUUACACCACUCUAGGGCACAAAGGGGCAGCAGAGAUCGAAGGAGUGCACGUGCUGAAGGCCAGCAUUUCCCUGGCCGAGUACCGGGCGUAUGCAGAGAUGAACUUCCACGAGGCCUGCGACGCGGAAUCUGCCGAGCUGGAACUCGUCGGCGCCAGCUUCUGCGAUGCCCGGGGCAGGAUCUGUCCGGCUUCCGUCAAAGCCUGUGGCCCAGAAGUGAUGUCUGGUGGAUUUCUCUACAUUGGGACGCUAGGUGACGACGAGUUCCAGCGUCCAAACCUGGGGGCAGUGGUGAUCCUCAAGCUGCUGCUGGACACCGUUUUGAAGGGAAGAUGGACGGUUGCAGUAGUGAUCCCCAGUGAUGCAGAGCUCCGGUGCUUUCUGCAGGCCGGGUUUGUGCAGGCUGAGGAAUUGGCCCUGCAAGGCCACGGUGUUGUUUUGUUCGCAGUACGCGAUUUGUUGGCAAAAGGUGCUUCCAUCGAAGCUUCCCGUGCAAUCCAUUGCUGCGUCUACAUCGGGGAUCUCGAGCGGCUGGAGAUACUCCUGCGUUUGACCCCUUCUCCCGAAGAAGCCGUAAACCAACCAGAUGGUUCCGGGCUGGUGCCGCUGAUGCUGGCUGCCAAGGGCGCCUGUGGUGUUCUCUCGAGAUCCAACCGGUUUGUCUACGGCGCCCUCCUGCACGACAUACUUCCUCCGGUACUUUGGUUGUACGAUAACGAACCAAAUGCCACGCCAGUUUUCGAGAUCGAGAAAUCUGGGAAAGUCGUCGAGUUCAUGAAGUGGUUCGGGUGCUUCGGCUUGGAGAUGGGCGAAUACGACAGUUCUGAAUUCGAAAAGUUGUUGAUGCCCCCAUCUGGGCCCACGACUGCGGAUGAACAAUUGAUCGAUGCGCCGUCAGAUGAGGAGAACAGUUUGGAUCGGGAAGGAGGCCGUUGCCAGCUGGCAGUCGAGUUUCGUCCUGGCAGGCUCCAAGCAGGAAUCAACGCCGUGACAAACGCGGUGAAGGUGACCCUGGGACCAAAGGGCCGAAACGUGGUGCUCCAGAGAGAGUCGUUCCAGGUUCCUCAGAUCGUCAACGAUGGGGUCACCAUUGCUCGUGCAAUCUCACUGCAGGACAAGGAGAUGAACCUCGGCGCAAAGCUCCUUACGCAGGCUUCCGCGAAGUCUGAGACCAACGCGGGGGAUGGCACGACCAGCGCUGCCGUUCUCACCCAGGGCAUGCAGCUCGUGAGCAGUGGGUACAACCCAGUCCUCAUGCAGAAGGGCAUGAAGGCAGCUGCCAACUUCAUUGCCUCCGAGGUUGACCAGCUGGCAAAGCCAGUUCAAAGCGGCGAUCUUAAAGAUAUCGCCACAGUUUCGGUCGGCGGAGACGAGGGCAUGGGGCAGAAGAUCUCUCAGGCUUUCGAGACAGUCGGUGAUACUGGGAAUGUCGUGAUCGAAGAGUCGCAGGUGCUCGAGGAUGAGGUCGAGGUGAGCGAAGGCCUGACUCUCGAUCGAGGCUACAUCUCUCCCUAUUUCGUCACGGACGCACAGCGCCUGGUGGCAGAGCUCAAGAAGCCCCGAGUCCUCGUGACCGAUCAGAAGCUCUCAGAUGCUUACGACAUCCUUACCUUGCUGGAGGACCUGCUGAAGACCAAGCAGCCUAUCUUCAUCAUCGCAGAUGAUGUGACUGGCGAGGCUCUUCAGACCCUUGUUCUCAACAAGCAGCGGGGCAUCCUGGAUGUUGUCGCCAUCAAGGCCCCUGCCUUCGGCGCGCGGAAGACGGCAAUUUUGCAAGACCUUGCGCUGGCCACAGGUGCUGAAUUCAUCAACUCCGAGCUGGGCAUGACCCUUGCAGAUGCGACGGUGGACCAGCUCGGCACAUGUGAGAAGGUCGUCGUGGAGAAGGAGAAGGCUGUGCUGGUGACCGACGGCAGCCAUGCAGAGGCAGUGAAGGAGCGCAUCAAGCAGCUUGAUCAGCAACUGGAAGAGACCGACAGCAGCUACGACCAGGAGAAGAUCCAGGAACGAAUUGCUUCGCUGGGUGGCGGCGUGGCAAAGAUCAAGGUGGGAGGUGCUACCGAGACGGAGGUCAACGACAAGAAGCUCCGAUACACGGAUGCCAUCAGUGCAGUCCGCAGCGCGAAGGAGAUGGGCAUUGUUCCCGGCGGCGGAAGUGUGCUGAUGUACCUGACGGCAGAGAAGUUCCUGGAGAAAGUGCAGAAGGAGCUCCAGACGGAGGACGAGAAGAAGGGAGCCGAGCUCGUCUUCAAGUCGCUACAGGCUCCCAUCCGGCAGAUUGCGCGCAACGCUGGAGAGGACCCCAGCGAGGUGGUCUUCAACAUCCGCGGCAAGGAGUUCGGGUACGGCUACAAUGCCGCGACCAAGGUCUAUGAAGACCUGCUCAAGGCUGGUGUGGUGGAUCCUGCCAAGGUGGUGAUCAACUCAGUCGUCAACGCGGCGUCCAUUGCUGGCAUGGUCCUGACGACUGAUGCCAUCGUCACGGACCUGCCGACCACGCCUGCACCAACUCCGGCGGGUGGCAUGGGUGGCGGAAUGGGCGGCAUGGGGGGCAUGGGGGGCAUGGGCGGAAUGGGAGGAAUGUACUGA